UAAUAAUGAAAGGUCAAGCAUAUGUAGUCUGACUUUAGAAGCUGUCUGGUUAUUUCGCUUUCUGGAAGGCCGUUGGGAAUCGGCCUAUUUAAGCUGCUUCAUGGCGUCCAUUACAACUCCCCCUCGAUCUCUAGAUCAAUCUUUCUUUGUAUUCAUAGAAUUUUUGGGUAUUUGCCAUCCUUCUAUCUUUUCUGGUAUAAUUGCUUUGCUUUGCAGAACCAAACUAGGUUUUAGACUGCAUUGUUUUAGGGAGGGUUUAUUGUCUGAACUUUCUGCUCUGGUAUUUGAACAAUGGAGCUCGACGAGAGAUGCGUGACAGACAAGAGGACUCGUUAUGAAUGCCUUCUUUUUGAUCUUGAUGAUACAUUGUACCCCUUAAGUUCAGGACUUGCAGCAGCAUGCGCUAAGAACAUUCGAGAUUAUGCGGUUCAUAGACUUGGGGUCGAUGAGAAGAAAGUUGCAGAACUCUGUGGAGAACUGUAUAAGAAUUAUGGGACAACCAUGGCUGGACUCAGGGCAGUGGGAUAUGACUUUGAUUAUGAUGAUUAUCACAGUUUUGUUCAUGGAAGAUUGCCAUAUGAGAAUCUUAAACCAGAUCCUGUUCUGAGGAGCUUAUUAUUAAGCAUGACCCAAAGAAAAGUUAUAUUUACAAAUGGUGACAAAGUUCACGCUGCAAAAGUGUUGAGCAGACUUGGGUUGGAAGAUUGUUUUGAAGGUGUAAUAUGCUUUGAGACACUCAAUUCUCAUCCAGAAGCUGCUGAAAAUGGUAACACAUGGGAUACACCCAUUUCUGUUAUCCCCAAGACACCCAUUCUUUGUAAGCCCUCAAAAGAGGCUGUAAAGCGUGCUCUUCUCCUUGCAAAUGCUGAUCCCAAAAGAACAAUUUUCUUUGAUGACAGUCCUAGAAACAUAGCAGCAGGAAAACAUGCAGGCUUGCACACUGUUUUGGUUGGAACUCCAAUUAGAACAGAAGGAGCAGACUUUGCACUUGAAAGUAUUCAUAAUAUAAAGGAAGCCUUGCCUGAGAUUUGGGAAGAAAAUGAGAGCUCUGGAAAUGUUGAGUGCUCAGGAAGAGCAGUUGCUAUUGAAACUGUUGUGAAUGCAUAAAAUAUCUCAUUGUAGAGAAUGGAUCAGUGCCAUUAAAGAAAUUUGUCUUCAGUGGGAUUUGAUCUUGAUCUUUGAUCUUGAGUAGAAAAUGUUUGAGGAUGACAACCCUUCCAUGUAGGAUCAUUUUUUACAUCUAAUCCAUAUAAAAUUUGUUGUUAUCAAUAGAUGAACCUUUCAUGGAGGAAAUUUUAUCCUGUUAAAGGGUAGAUCAAAUGCCUUUUACCCUCUCUA